AUGGGGCUGCAGAUGCGCAUGCAGAGGGCAGCAGGGCGCACAGGGCAGCAGGGCAGCAGGGCACGCGGGGCGCACAGGGCUGCAGGGCGCGCGAGGGCGCGCAGGACAGCAGGGCGCGCGGGGCGCACAGGGCAGCAGGACAGCAGGGCGCGCGGGGCGCGCAGGACAGUAGGGCGCGCGGGGCGCACAGGGCAGCAGGGCAGCAGGGCGCGCGGGGCGCACAGGGCUGCAGGGUGCGCGAGGGCGCGCAGGACAGCAGGGCGCGCGGGGCGCGCAGGGCAGCAGGACAGCAGGGCACGCGGGGCACGCAGGACAGCAGGGCGCGCGGGGCGCACAGGGCAGCAGGGCAGCAGGGCGCGCGGGGCGCACAGGGCUGCAGGGCGCACGAGGGCGCGCAGGACAGCAGGGCACGCGGAGCGCACAUGGCAGCAGGGCAGCACGGCACGCGGGGCGCACAGGGCUGCAGGGCGCGCGAGGGCGCGCAGGACAGCAGGGCGCACAUGGCGCGCAGGGCUGCAGGAUAGUAGGGCGCGCGGGGCGCGCAGGGCUGCAGGGCGCGCGGGGCGCACAGGGCAGCAGGGCAGUAGGGCGCGCGGGGCGCACAGGGCACAGGGGGAUGGAGGAGAAAAGGUGGAGGGGGCAGGGGGGGCUGGUGCUGCAGAUCCCCUCCCCCCCCCACUGCUGCACCCGCAGCAGAGGGAUGGAGGAGAAGGGGGGGAACGGGGGGGGCUGGUGCUGCAGAUCCCCUCCCCCCCACUGCUGCACCCGCAGUAG